AUGCUAUUGCUAAAAUUUGAGAAAUUUUCGAUCAUUUCUAAGGAUUCAUUUUUAGAGGAACUUCUUUUUAAAUAUGAAAAAAAUGUGGAGCAUUACUAGAAAUUUGAGAAGAAAGGGAAAUAGGCACUUGCUGAAAUGAUUAGAAUAAUAGAUGAACAAGAUGGGAAAAUGAGCAUGGCUUUUGAAUAGAUCAACGAGUAAUAUGGUGACUUAAAGCAGGCUUGUGACAAACUCUAAUAACUUUCAGAGAAUUAAGACUAUGUAUUUUAGACUUUUACAGAAUCUAUGAAUAAGAAGCUAGUAGACAGUGAAAAUACAAAUAUUUUAAAGGAAGUCUAUAGGUUAUAGAAAUAUAUUGGCAGUUUGCAUCAUGAGUUUAAGGAUGAUAUUUAAAGCAAGAUAAAGUUAGUUUACUAAACUCUCCCAUAGAUAGUAUUUUUAGAUAUUGGAGAUAGUGAAGAAAAUUUAAUGCUAAUGCUAGACGUUUGGACUUACCAUAAUUAGAUAAGUAUAAGCAGUAGUUGA